GUGGAUAGCUUCUUUGUUGAGGAUGUUAUAUAAGAAAAGCUGUGGAAAUUAUGUGGCUUUGUGUGAAAUUUAUAUGCCAGAACACUAUUGUUAACUUCCAAAGUUUGUCUUUAUCUGUAAGACACUUUCAUACUCUGCAAAAAUCAAAGGUUUAUGAAAAAAUAUUUUUAGAAGACUAUAAAUACAAUGUAUUUUUGUGUGUGUUAAUUUCAGUGAAGAAAUUUGUGACAUAUUUUUCAUCAGUUUUAAUAAUUGUGAGCAGCAUGUGAAGGCAAAAGUGAUGGACAACAAAAUAGAGAAAACACUGUUUUUUUGCUGAAUUGCAAGUCGGAAAGAAAGAAGUUUGAAUUGAAAUGUUAUAGACGAACAGCUGUGUUUGCUAAAGAUUUCGUGUGUUUGAUGAGCACUUUUCUUUUUCAUACUCAGAAGAGGUUAUGUCGUAAUUACGCCAAAUUGAAUCUGUCACGCAACCAGGUGGUUUAUGAACGUGGAGUCUUUGUUGGGUAAUUAUUAUAAUAAUACCUGGUCUGAAAUAAACUUGAUAGACUGAUAACAAACGGCUGAGUGACAAAAUGAUAACUUUCUUACGGGGAUUAAACCUUAUUUGCUGUAUCGGUAAAAACAAUUUAGUAAACUGCCUAAUGGUAAAACGAGCAUGGUGAUUUAAGAAUCCAGAUUAGUGACAUAUUUAAACUUUAGCAGGCCAGCAAGCGUGAGUAAAUAAUGUGUCAUUGUUAGGUAGGCUUUUGGCAUGUAAACAUCAUUGUGGAAGAAAAAUACGGUGCGAAAAGUACAAAUAGAAAAUAUUAUAAAUCGAGUGGAAGUCUGGACAUGGUGUUUAUAUAUUGUGUUGACUCUAUAUGUAUUGAAUGGCAUUGUGGACUUAAAGUAUUUUAUUGACUAUAUAAUGGAUUGACUUUAUAUGUAUUGAGUGGCUUUGUGGACUUAGUAUUGGACUUAGUAUUUUGUCAACUUUAUGAUUGACUUUAUAUAAUAUUGAGUGGCAUUGUGGACUUAGUGUUCAUGCAUUUUGUUAACUUAUGUAAUGGAUUUUCGAGGCCAAUCAUAAACGAAGAUGAGAAGUGUACAAGUUGAUAUCAUCAGAAAUGUCAAGAAGUCCAUGCCGUGUGAGAGUGGGUCGGCAUUUGGUGGCAGUAGCACAAGUGGCACUCUGACCUCUACAGACAGCAACGUGAGUGGGCGUGACCCCCAGUGCGGCACCCUCGCCUCAACAGACAGCAACAACAGCGGCCGGCAGCACCAUCCAGCGCUGCACCCACACCAGUUUGAUGUGUUUGGAUUGCUCCAGUCAAGGGCCCUGGAGGGGAGCGGUUAUCCGGAGCGACAACCGAGCCCGAGUCGGUCAUCAACGUCGGGAUCCGACCACCGACAGAUCACGCUGUUGGAGCGUCUGCAGAAGACACACCCGAUAUGGUUCCUUCCAAAAGUGGGGCGGAAUGGGGCCGUCCAUCUGCUCAAGGACAGGGAUAUCGGGGUUUUCAUAGUUCGGGCGUCGAGCCAGGACAAGGUGAUGGCCCUGUCUGUGCAAUUUCCAGACCCCAAGGGCUCUCCGAACAUAGAUCACUACCUGAUACAGCUUGUAGAGGCCGGGUACCAUCUGCAGGGGUCUGCUCGACUCUUCCCCUCCAUACCAGAACUGAUAGCAUACUACUGUGAUCAUAAGGAGGACCUCCCCCACAAGCUGGCGCUGCCCCCUGCUGUUCUGAAGGCUCGAACCAUCAAGGAGCUUGACUCCCUCGCUAUGCUAGGUCAAGAUUUUUGGACAUCUGCUAAGUACGACAGCCAGAGUCGAUCAUCCAGUCGGUCUAAUUUGUCGGAGAUAUCAUCAGGGAUGAACAAAUCACAGAGCGAACCAAUCAGCAUUAAAAAGUCAACUGUGAUGGCGUAUAGCCAGUCAGAUGCUAUCCUCCGAGACAACACUCCCCCAAAACAUUCUGUGAUAGACUUUUCCUCUUACCUAAUUCAAAAGCCUGACAGAGAUAUUAAUUUUACAUCAGUGACUUCUGCCUGUCAGCACAGUGUGACACAACAGCAAGACAGUGUUCAUACCAGGUGUUCAGAAAGUGGAUUUAUGAGGACCUUUCACCAGUCAAAAAGUGAAUCAAAACUUAGUAGUCAUGUGUCCUCAAAAACACAUCAUUUAGUCUCAACGCAGCAUGUGACUUCGAAAAGCCAUGUAACAGAUAAAAUGUCAAGUUUCUCUUCAGUCUCUGAGGAUACAAAUGUAGGAGGAAGCCACGAGUUUGUGCUACAUGUUAAUGACAAGGAAAAUAGAGUGGAUAUCAGGCUAUCCAAACGGGAUUCCCAGGUAUCGGUUCCGUAUGCUAAACCAAAUAAAUUUCAUCAUGACACUCUUGUGCUAAGUCCACAAGGAUUUCUCCAGCCAACAAACAGUACGGAGGAAUAUUACUGGCGGAGCAAUCUCUCUGACAAAAUGAGUGAUUACGAGGAUAUUUGGAAAAACAAUUAUGCAGAUCCUAAAAUGGGAAGUGUUCAUUCGGAUAUUCGUCAGCAUUUACAGCCUCAGCUUUUGAGUCCAAAAUGUGUGUCAAAGGCUCAGGCAUUUGACCUCCAUGAUACAGAAGUGUUCACUGAAAACUGGCACAGUGAUAAAUGUGUGAUUAAAGACCUAAAUGUCAGUCUGGAUAAAUUGGACAUGAGUAAAGAUGCUACAAAACAAGAGGAAACUGUGAUCACAAGUAAGACAGUGACUACUACUCAAAGUGCUAAUUCUUCUGUUGUUACCAAAAAAGUGUGCACUGUUCGACCUGAUGUGAACCGUCUUGAACCAUUAGCAUCCAGUAGCAAACAAAGCAAUGACAAAAAUAUUACAGACACUGAAAAGUGCUCCGAAGUGCAAACUGUGCAAGACAAGGAGAGUGACCUUGAAUCAGACAAUAGCAAUGGUUGCCAUAGUGAAGCAGACGAUGCGGAUACUGAGGACUGUGAUGACAGACCUAUGAUUACUUCUGUUCAAACUCAGACCAGUCCAGUGUGCAAGUUAAAGAGCCCUUCGUUUGGAAAAUCCAUAUCCACUAACUCAUUAUCCACCAUGAGAAGUCCAAUAUACACUGAACCCUUUGAUGCCAUUAGUCAAGAUGAUAAGGACAAAAAAGGUCCAAAGCAGAUGGCCAAAAAGAUACGCAGACAGUCUGCACCCGCUGUCGGCGUGGGUCAAAGGCGAAGACCAUCAACUGACUGUCAUAAACUAACUCCUGUAUCAGGAGAGACAAUUGAUACCGAUGAAAUUAAAGUGUCAGAAAAUAACGAACACGAUUCCGAAUCUACAGAUGAUGAGGAUGUGUUUGAAAUAUCUCUUGAACUUGUUCAGCCUUCAAAACACAAAUCUAUAGAAAAUUUUGAGACCAAUCCUUACGGACUGGCCUGGGUGGAUAGUAAGCUUUCCCCAAAAGAGCAAGCAAAGCCAAUGCCAAUACCAAGAAAAACAAAAGUGUCAAAAAACUUAUUGCACACUGCUGUCAGUAAUCACAGGUCCAUGAAUGAAGUAACGAUGAAAAUAGACUUGUGGAGACAAGAAACUUUGAAAAACUCAACCACUAACCCUGACCCUCUACAUUUCCUUGCUGCAUUUGAUGAAAAUCAUAAUCAGGCGAAUGCAACAUUAAACAAGUUCCCAGUGUACAGCAAAACGGUAUCAGACGAACACAAAGUGAUGUACUCCGAAGGCUCUACUGCAGAGGACAUGAUCACGUCACGGAACCCUGAACUGACUCUCAGACCCAUGCAGCCAUUCCAAAUCUAUGGACCCCAUUCUGAAUAUGACAAUUUAAACAGUAACACUAACUCGCCAUAUGUUUGUUCUUCCAUGCAAAGUAAUGGGACUUUGUUUCACACGCCCUGGGAGCAUGGAAUUGCUGCUAAAAUCAUGCACAUCAGUAAACAAAUAGACUCUCCCCACAAUCCUGUUACUUCCCCUCCCCCUUGCCAGGCCCCACCCCCUCUCCCUGCCAUUGAUCCUCAUGACCGAAUCAGGGCGUGGCAAGUGUCUAGUCAGAAAUACGCCCCAUGUGUUCCCGGAAAUGAUGAUUGUGAAAGUGUGGAAAAACGUCUGAGUUUGGCAUCAGAUUUGUCUGCAGAGAACCUCGCAAUAGGUAUUGACCAUGCUCAGAAAAGUCAAUCAGACAAAACUAUUGUGAAUGAGAAAUCCACAUCACAUUCUGAGACUGUUACAGAGAAGAAUAGUGACAGCAUUCCCUUGUUUGCAACGGACUUGCAUGAAAAGAUUGUACCUGCUUUAGCCAAUCCUCGUCUACUCCAUCAGUUGAGUCGCAAUCGGCACCCAGACCGGACUGUGCGUGAAUACAUUAUCGGUUUGUCUAAGAACCGGGACACGACGUUCGGCAGCACUAUUUAUAACUUCAUACAGUGCACGCUGGAGAGUCACGAUACCAACCCUCACAACAUUACCAGAAAUGUGCGUCAGUUCAUGACGGGAAUCAAGAACUACCUAGUGAAGCAUGGAGAGGGAGAGCUGGAGGACCUGAUUGAGAGGGAAAGAAACCAGUUGGGAAAAGAUGAGAUUCUGAACAUUGAUGCCAUCAUAGAGGGGGCCCUUCACGUGUGUGUCAUUCAGCCAUUAAAGCAGCACAUUUACAAUCUAUUUGUCAAUGAAUACACUAGAAAUGGAAGCAUUCGUCUAUUGUUGGCUAACAUAAAGUAUGCAAGAACAAAAACUUCUGAAGAGAUUGGAAUUCAGAAGGGCGUUGCCCCUCCAGAUGGCAGCACCCUUGACCAGGUGAAGCACUACUUCACCAAGAUGCAGAAGUCCUACUCCCCGUUGAAGAAGCUGGAACACCUCCUGUCUGCUACCUCCACCAUCUACAAAUAUGUUGCCCAGCAACCCCACAGCUCUUGCUCCCCACCUGUGUUUGGGGCAGACGACUUCCUUCCCGUGCUGAUCUACGUGCUGAUCCAGUGUGGCAUCGUCUCGGUGGAGAUAGAGGCAGACUACAUGUGGGGCCUGCUCCACCCCUCGCUGCUCAACGGCGAGGGGGGCUACUAUCUCACCUCCCUCUCGUCGGCUGUGCUCGUCCUGAAGAACUUCAAGGAGAUGCAGGAAUCCAAUGCCGCGCAGACCCAGUUAGGCAAACUGCCGAGCAUAAGUGACAUGCAGGGGUUCCUGAAGAUUGCCAUACCAGACGAGCAACGAGACACCAUCAUGUGGCGCACACUUCCAGUACGACCAAGCAUGACCACUCGCGAUGUCUGUUCAUUGAUUGCCCACAAGUUCAAGUUCACCAACCCACAGGACUAUGGGCUCUACACAUUGGAUAAUGGAGAAGAACACAAGUUGAUGGACAUGGAGUGCCCACAGAGCCUGAAGGCUAAACGUCUGGCUCACAACAAGGAGUGCAUCUUCGCUUACAAGAGGAACGCAGCGAAUAUCGCAUGGCCUAAAUCAGUGCAGUGAGCCAACAUGUCAAUUGGUUGUACUUCAACAUUACCUUGUGCAGUUGCUGUUAAAGGAUUAAGAUUUGCUCCUUUCCAUUGAUGCAGCUUCUGUUGCAGAGGCCUAACCUUUGGCCUCUAAGUUGAGGUGGCAUACGGAUUCCAGGUUCAUUCUUCUGUGUGUCGUCUAGCAAUCACUACAGCUCAUUGUUAGUGUCCUGGAUUCAUUGAAUGUAUGCCAGGUAGAGAGUUAGAUUGGACUACUGGGAGAACUUGUUGCUCUCAAGAUCUCAAUGUGUUCUACUGCGAAGUUUAGAUUUUGCUGAUGGGUUUGCCUCCCUUUUUCGAACAUUUUCAUCCAGCCAUUGUUGCAGUGAAAGAUAGCACUGGACAACUUUUGCAGGGUCAGCUGUGUUGCACUGGGUUAUGAUUCAAUCAGGUACUAUAUUUGUUGUCUGAACAACUGUAGACAUACAAAUGAUGACCCCUUGGAUCCAUGGUAUGUCCUCUACCACUGCUGAAGUGCAUGGUCCGAAUCGGAUGAUCAUUUACUGUGUCAUUCAGUCUUUUGUUAAAAUAACAUUUGUAUAUGUGGAAAGUGUGCGUAAAACGUACAUGUCUAUUAAACUUCCAUUUCUCAGACAUUAUUGUUUUACUCUAAUUCCUUAGAUUGAUAUUUUAUAGCUGCUGUUGCAGAGUUCUCACUGGUAUGUCAUUGUGUCACCCAACCAGGAAAUAUCUAGAGAACAUAAGCUAAUUCAAGGUACAAUGGACCCAAUGUUACGUGGACUAAAAAUAAACAUUAUUAAGAUUCCAUAUUGAAAAUGACAAUUGGUGUUUUCAGAAGGUUUGUCCUGUGUUCGUGGAUACAUUCUACACAGGGGAGACAAUACUUCAAAAGAAAAGCAACAAAGUGUGCAUUAAUUCCCCUGGCCAUUUUAUGCAUUAAGUUUAAUACAUUUGACACAUUAAGGGACUUGUUUGAUUGGUGAAAUAAAUCAUUCAGAUAUGUUAUUUUAUUUCAUAAUUUUGAACUCAUAUUUUCAUUGGUACAAUUUAUUGUACUUUUUAUGAUUGGCGGUGUGUAAGUAAACCAGAAAUUCAAAAUGAUUGAUUGAUUACUUAACGCCAUGAUGUGGAAUGUUUGUUGAAAGCAGGUGCUAUAUAUUAUGUGUGUUUAUGUGUAAUCCACAUGUAUCCUUCUGAAAUCUUAUUUAAUUGUAAAUUACUCUAUAUUAGGGGACUGCUUUUAUGUAUGAUAUUAAAUUUUGAUAAGUGUGAAAUCAGUUGGAUAUUUGUAUAAAAAAAGGACACAUAGCUUAUAUUAUUUAUACAAAACAUAAUUGCUUUUGGUUGAAACAUAGGUUUUAUGAAAAAUGUAAAUAAACAGUUACUAUUUUUGGAGAAAAAAUCUUGUCCAUGGUAAUUUUAGCAUUAUACAUACAUUUAUAAUCAAACAUUUGUGUGUAUUUUCCAUUUUCUAAGUUAAAAGAUCCCCACCAUGUCUAGCUUACAGGUUUUGUUUUAACUACUGCUUUCCAUUUUGUCAUCAUAUCACAUCGAUGUUUAUAUUAUAUACAUGAUUUAUUACUAAUUAAUAGCUUUAAGUAUUUGCUUUAUGAAUAGCAUUUUUAUUGUUAUUUUAUUAUAAAGUUAAUAAAUGACUGCAAAUUUCUUGUGCAAUUGUAUAUGUUGUUAAUGUUGAUGUAUACUUUUUAAUCGUAGCCAGUGUGUGUAUAUUGCUUUUGUGCCAUAGAAAAUAACUCACUGAUAACAAUUAGAUGAGUCAUGAAGAUAUCACAAACACAAGUGCAGAUAUUCAUGUACAUUUGUUUGUUAAUAGUUCUUAGAAUAAACAAAGUUGGAGCCCAGAAUAUUGUGUUACUGUUAGACAGUUGACACUGAAUAAAUGAGUACAUUUAACGAGAACAUAUUAAUUUGUUAGAUGUUUGUUGCUGAUGUAAUUGUACUGUUGUAAAAGGUCAUAAGUCACCUUUCAAAAGGUAUUUUGUAUCAAUAGAGUUGUUAGUGUUCCGAAAUGUUGUAAUAGUUUUUAUUAUUAUAUUACCUUUUUUGUUCUUACUAUAUUACCUAGUGCUAUACAAUGGAAUGGCAUUGUGGUACUAGAACAAACGUGCCCUUAAAGUCAUUGAAGAUGUGCAUCUAUGUGGAUUUGACCGUGCCAUGAGAAAAAUGGUCUUAUUGCAUGUGUGGCCAGCGCAGCUCCAGAACAGCCAGCACAGCUCCAGAACAGCCAGCACAUUGACUCUCUGGGCUGGAGCUACGCUGUCUACUUAUGAGACCAUGAUACCUUGGGUGACUUGAAAGCAGGGUAGCUCCUGUUAAUACUGCUGUUAGAAAACACAAUUUAGCAGGAUAUUUGUUGUUUAUACUACUGUUAGGGAAUUGUACUUUUUAUCCCUCGCCAUAGGCGGAGGGAUAUUGUUUUGGCGUUGUCUGUCUGUCUUUCCGUCCGUCCGGAGCCAUAUCUAGGAAGUGCUUUGGCGGAUUUCAUUGAAACUUGGUAUGAGUAUACAUGUACAUAUGGAUAAUAGGAUGAUGCAUGCCAAAUGGCAUUGUACACCAUCUGAUAAUUACAGAGUUUUGACCCUUUGUAUCUUGAAAAAAUGCUUUGUUGUGUGUCCAGAGCCAUAUCUUGGAAGUGCUUUGGCGGAUUUCAUUGAAACUUGGUAUCAGUGUCGAGAAGCAUAUUGGCGGGGGAUAUCAAUUCAACAAAUUUGCUUGUUUCACCAAGGUUAUGGACACUGUAAUACUGUAUGUAUGGUUGGUUGUUGAAUGGUGUUUUGAACCAUAGUAUUAUUUGUAUAUUCUUUGAUAUUAAUGUUCGACGUUAUAUUUUUUAACAUUAGAGUAUAUAUUCUUGCUUAAAAUCAAAUGUAUCGCCCUGGAAGCGCUGCAGAGACCUAAAUCAUAGGAAGUUAUGUUAGCUGUACUAUUUUAAGACAUUUUUGUUGUUGCAAAAAAGAAUUUAUGUUCAUGUUGAAAGGUUUCGCAUUAUUUCAACUGUGUUAUGUUCUUCCAACAUUUUGGAUCAGUUGUUAUUGUGCAGUAAAUUAUUGAAACUCUA